CGUAAACCUGAUUUGAAAUCUACUCUGCACAAAACCAAGUUUGUUGUCAACCAAGUUUGUUGUUCAAAAGACAAAGCUAAUUUUUAUGUAUUUCCGGAAUUUUAAAUUCGUCAAGCUGAAAUUUUCAUAAAGACGAACACUGAUGGAGGACUGGAAGUGUUUGUGGUAUAAAUAGUUUGCACUCUUGAAUGGAGCGCACCAGUUAUUUUAUUUAUGCAGCACGUUUAUUAAGAGGAGGGAUUCACGUAUUUAGGAACAACAAUAACAUUUCUGAAGGAAAGUAGAGAGGGUUCUACUAACUAGACAUUGUUGCAGAAACUGCAAAUUGGAACUUACGACAACCUUUGCUGCCGACGAUUUGUCAUUUUACGCCGGUUGUGAGAAGAUACAUAUUUCAAGAUGGACCAGAUGCUCCCAAGUCCUGGGAUCUUCAACAUCCCCUCCAUCGGCACACCUCUUCAUCAGCCAGAAGAAGACCUCAUCCUCCCCUCCGCUCAACAGCAACAACAUGCCAUCGGUAAUAGUGGACAUAGUCAGACUCCGGUCACUCCCAUGGGGCUUGGAGGAAGUUCAAGUGUGAUUUCUUACUCAUCGGGCCUUCACUCUUUGGGCGGCCCGCACAGCCUUAUGCAACCUCAGACACCGCAAAACCUCCUUUCUCCGGCAAUCGAACCAAGUGGAUCAGUAUAUUUACAGCAGCCGAUGAGUGUUCCGAUGAGCAUGGGUGCCUACGGACAACCAGCCACACCUUCCUCAGCAGACCCUGGCAUUGUACCACAAUUACAAAAUAUAGUUUCCACUGUAAAUCUUGGGUGUAAAUUGGAUCUCAAAAAGAUUGCCCUGCACGCACGAAAUGCCGAGUACAAUCCAAAGCGUUUUGCCGCUGUCAUCAUGCGUAUACGAGAACCGAGAACAACAGCUCUGAUCUUUAGUUCUGGGAAGAUGGUAUGCACGGGAGCCAAGAGUGAAGAAGACUCUCGCUUAGCAGCUAGAAAAUAUGCCAGAAUCGUCCAAAAACUUGGAUUUCAUGCGAAAUUUUUAGAAUUUAAGAUUCAAAAUAUGGUUGGCAGUUGUGAUGUAAAGUUUCCAAUCCGGUUAGAAGGACUUGUUCUCACACAUAGUCAGUUUAGCAGUUAUGAGCCCGAAUUAUUCCCUGGAUUAAUUUAUCGAAUGGUAAAACCCAGAAUUGUACUUUUGAUAUUUGUGUCCGGUAAAGUGGUACUCACAGGUGCUAAAGUGAGACAAGAAAUUUACGAAGCGUUUGAAAAUAUAUAUCCCAUCCUAAAGAGCUUUAAGAAGCAGUAAACAAGCAAACGCAAUGACUGAAAUCACUAAAAAAAAGUUUGCAUCACAAUUCUCCUUCAAACUCUUUAUUAACAGCUUAAUAGUUCAACGGCUUGUUCACUCCUCAUUUUUUUAAAGUGAAAUGUUCAAUAUUUAAUUGAUUAAUCCCAUUUUGACUUUGUAACAUCAAUGAUGCUGCAUAAUAUUCCAAAUAUAGAUUGAUGGUAUGAUUCUUUCAUGCUACAUAUGUUAUACAGUUGUAAGAUAAUCCAUGUAUUUAUUAGAUCUAACCUGUUUGUAGACAGUUUUAAUGCAUGCAUAAACAGGACAAGUUUUAUAUCUGAGUUGUUAAAUAAAUAAAUAAUUCAUAGUUUUAUUA